AAAGGAGCACUUCCGGGUCGGGCAGUACCGCGGGCCGGCGGCGUCUGACCGGCCGUGUCGGGUCUUGCUCCGAAGCUCCGCCUCUCGCCGGUGUUUCUAGAAGCCCGGCUGGCGCUCGGUGCUGCGGUGCAGGGUCCCGGACUCGGCUGUGGGCCUCCCAUGGCGGAUGCGGCCCCGAACGGCCCCCAGGGGGCGGGCGCGGUGCAAUUCAUGAUGACCAAUAAGCUGGACACAGCAAUGUGGCUUUCUCGCUUGUUCACAGUUUACUGUUCUGCUUUGUUUGUCCUGCCUCUUCUCGGGUUGCAUGAAGCUGCAAGCUUUUACCAACGUGCUUUACUGGCAAAUGCUCUUACCAGUGCUCUGAGGCUGCACCAAAGAUUACCACAUUUCCAGUUAAGCAGAGCAUUCCUGGCCCAGGCUCUAUUAGAAGACAGCUGCCACUACCUGCUGUACUCACUCAUUUUUGUCAAUUCCUACCCUGUUACAAUGAGUAUUUUUCCAGUCUUGUUGUUCUCUUUGCUUCAUGCUGCCACAUACACGAAAAAGGUCCUUGAUGCAAAGGGUUCAAAUAGUUUACCUCUGCUGAGAUCUAUCUUGGAUAAAUUAAGUGCUAAUCAACAGAAUAUCCUGAAAUUCAUUGCUUGUAAUGAAAUAUUCUUGAUGCCUGCUACAGUUUUUAUGCUUUUUAGUGGUCAAGGAAGUUUGCUCCAGCCUUUUAUAUACUACAGAUUUCUUACUCUUCGAUAUUCCUCUCGAAGAAAUCCAUAUUGUCGGACCUUGUUUAAUGAACUGAGGAUUGUUGUUGAACAUGUAAUAAUGAAACCGGCUUGCCCACUGUUUGUGAGAAGACUUUGUCUCCAGAGUAUUGCUUUUAUAAGCAGACUGGCACCAACAGUUGCGUAGUGUAACAUCCACCUAAGUUAUAUAUAGUAUAAAUAAGCAUUUUUAGCAGUUGGUACUUCUGCUCGGGGGUUGUUAAUUCCAGGUGUAAAACUGACCUCAAUCCAAUUUGCAUAAUUUACAUAAAUGCAUCUCAGUGGAAACAUGAUUAUUUUCCUGGCAUGUUAAACCAAGCCUUUUAAAAAUUCCCAAGAAAAUUUUACUGUGCUGUGUUGUUAAUGGUUAAGGAAGUUUCUAUCUUGUGAUAAAUGUAUCAGAAUUUUUUUAAAUGCUGCUGUGCCUUUAUCAUGAAAUACAUUUAUUUCUCUUAUUGUAAAAGUAGCUCUUAAAUUUCUUUGAACCUAAUUGGUACUCUAAAUUUACAUCUGGCAUGAUUUCAUUAUGGCAAUAUUAACAUACAUGAAUGCAUUAUAUUUUGAGACAGUAUUCUUUUGCCAUUCAGUUAUUUUGGUUGAUGAUUUUAAAAGAAACCUUUACCACUGUAUUUAAUUUCAAAUUGUUCUUAAAUUGAUUUUGUGCUGCUUUGUUAGGAUUUAUUUUGGAUAUACCAUUAUAAGAGGAAUUCUGCAUGCAUCUUACACUAUGACCUUCCAAAAUUUUAUUUCCAUAACUACUUAAUGUGGCUUUGAAUAUUUUUUAGAAGGCUGAGCUAUAAGCUUGUUAGCCAAAUGGGUAAAUAUCUGGGGUCACAACUGUUUUACAUCAGAAAGCCGUGGUAGUUCUACAGCUUUCCUUUCAGAGAGCCAUUCAGUAACCUUUCUCAAAUAGGAAACCCUUCUACAAAUGUGGACACAUAGAUUAUUAGUAUUACUAUAGUUAGUAGAAUUAGAUCAGAUUCUUGACUGCCAAUUUUCUCGGUUUCUUAGGGUUGAAUUUUCAUAGACAGUUGCAGCAGUUCAGAUGUCUUUUGAAAGGAAUGUGACUGAAGAUUGAGCAUAUGCCUGUGCUUGGUGUCUGUUCUGAAAUAAUAAUGAAGAUUAUCCUGUAGAUUACAUACUGUGACCUAUCCAAUCUGAUUUUUAAAAGGUUAAAUGGAAAGGUUUAUAGGUAAGAUAACUGAUUGGGAAUGGGGCUGGAGGAGGAAUUGUGGGGGAACAGUGUGCAUUUUAAUUUUGUAAAUUUACAGGUAAAUUUGGGAGUAUUGGGUGUAUUAUGCAGCCGUGAUUGGAGUUGUAUAAUAUGUUAAAUCCUGUUUGUUGAGCUGCCGUCAACUUCUUUAUAAAAUUCAUUCUGAUCUUUAUUACUGUUGCAUGAUUAGGAAUGUUUAAAACACUGCAAAAUUUUUAGUAAUAGUUUUUGUAAUCAGUUUUCUUCUGUCUGCAUGUAAAUGGAUUUCUCAGAUACAUUCAUACUUGUCAGUAACCUCAGUUUCCUUUUUGUUCAACUUUCCCAUCUCUGGAAAUGUGACAUCUACUUGAUAGCUCAACUGUAACCAACUGUUUUUGUAUUUUUGUAUAAUAUUUAUCUACUAAGUUAGAAAAGCAGCCUCAUGCAAUACAGUUGAUUAGGUGGGUGGAUGGGUGUGUGGCUCGCCUCAUCACUAUAUAUGUAAUUUGAUGGUUUUAAGAACUAAUUUUCUAGAGCAAUAAAGUGAUUAUAAUGUUAAGUAAACAUUGAUUUCUAAUGAUGUCUUUAAAACUUAAGUCUUGAAUUAUAUCAAGAAAUAUGGCAGCUGAAGUGAUUUAUUUUUAAGUUACUAGUUUUUUUGUUUUCUACAAUUUUUUUAAUCAUGAGAUACUUUUAAAUUUAUAGAAGAGUUGCAAAAAUAGCACCGAGAGUUCUUGUAUGACCUUUUACAAGCUUCCCCUUAUAUUAAUAUCUUAUGUAACUAUACAGUUAUCAAAACUAAGAAAUUAAUCUUGGAACAAUACUAUUAAAGUAUAGAACUUACUCAAAUUUUGCCAUUUUUUCCAUUUAUUAAUUUUCUUGUGAGUUGUUUUUACUAUGAUUGUCUUUUAAUGACCUAUGAGUAUGCCUCUGUUCUGAGUUUUUCCUCCUUCGUUUAGAAAUUACUUUUGGUCAGAAAGAUUUCCCUAAAGGAAAUGAUUUCAUGUUGGUUUUAACAAAAGGAAUUUUAGUAUUAAAACUUAAUAAUUUAGAAACCCUGUGCUUUAAAAGUUGAGGCUUUUUAUCACAUAGCAAGAUUAUAUUUCUGAUACGCUCCUGAUGGACUAUUCUUUCAUGGAAGGCUUGAUUUAUAAAUAAAAUACUCCUCGAGUCAUGAAAAAGUAAAUUUUACAAUUUGAGCAUUACCAGAUACUUAGUUUGCAUGGCUUGUAGUUAGGAAUCCUGCAAUACGUAUACAUGCAACCAGCUGAUUUGGCUCUAGAAUGAUAGUUUAGUAGGUACUCUAUCAAAUUAAAAUUAGAAAUACAGUAGCAGUAUGUGGAAUGAAUGAAAUAGGAGAAACUAUAGCUUAGCUGAACCUAUUUUUACGUCUGGGUUUAAAAAAGUUAACAUCCAGAAUAUCUGAUUCUUUAGAAGUGAUACAGUAUGCGUUUGUUCUUCUAGUACUUUUAGAUAUUAAACCCUCUUGGACAGGUGGAAGCCGAACAUAGAACCUACUUUUAUUACAACAAGAAUUCUAUAUUCUUUUUGUAUACUUGAUUCCUCAUGAAGUAAAUUCUGUUUAAUGUCAGUCCAAAGAGAAAUUUCUUAAGAAUUUGUAUUUACAUUUUCUUGGAAUAAAAUUUACCAAGGUAGAUGCUCCUGGAAGUAAGCAAGUAAUUAAAUUUAGAUAUUUAGGAACCUCCCUUGCAGGGAAAAUCAAAGCAUGCUGUGGUAUUAAACCAGAAGUUAUGAAAAAUUUAGGAGAUCUAUUUUAUAACUGAAUUUUGUAAAGCUGUCAGAAUUCUCUUUCUAAAAAUCAAGAUAAAAAAUUCUGAUUAAGGUUUGUAAGGUUAGGACAUGAAUAUUAUUUGAUGUGGAAAGGAAAAUGAGUGUAUAUGUAAUGAGAUAAGUGGAACCGAGAGACUUAGUUUUUUAAAAGUUUGAGAUCAGAGUGAAUGGAAUUAAUUUUGAGGGAUUUCUGGUUAAAGACUUUUGUCUAAUCCUGAGGAGUUUAUUUUGAUUAAAAUAGUUACUCUAAAACACCCCCCCUCCCCGCCCCCACCCAUGCCGGCCCAGAUCCCCCUAGGAUCUGCUAGCCUCAAAGCUACCACCCAAAUUUAGACCAGUCUUGAUUCUUCCUCUGUUAAUGAGAACCUCAAGGGAGGAAGUAACCACAGACCAUCACGGUCCUGAGCGGUAGGUGGCAGGCUUUCCUCAGGGAGCCUCCGGGAAGGGAAGGUCCGAUGCCACCAGAGGCGCGGGAGUCAGCCAGACUUGAGGACCUGGUUCCCUUCGCCCUUUUUAAUAUGUAAUUACUCAAAUUCAACAAAUGUUUAGUAAGUAUUUAUUGUGAGUACAUAGUAAUGUAAUGAAACUGCAAUACUACGUAUUCGGUUAUAUUGGAAUCGUAGUAAAAUAUUGAAAUGUUGAAAAGCUGGAGGAAGUGCCCUGGUAAUGUGUACUUUCUAGUUAAAUGGGAAUAUAGGCCACACUUGGGAGCGGCAUCAUUCAGAUCACGGGCCCUGUGUUGUUUUGUUUUUUUUCUUUAUAAAUAAUGCCUGAAUCACCUAAAUACAUCAAUUAUAAGAGUGUUCUUUAUCCUUAAUUUUUAGGUGUGUAGAAAUAUGGUACUUAGAAUUUUUUCAUGAAUGUUUUGUAGGUAUACAAGGUAUGGCCAGUUCAGUCUCUUAAAAUUUAGACUUUUCGUGGUAAUAUAAAAGCAAUAUUGAAAUAUUUUGGUUAUUAUAUCAAGAAUGAUACUUAGACUUGUAAAUUCAGUUUGAGUUGCAGAGACAACUAGUUUCUCUUUUACACCAUAGUGGAAUUUCUCUAGGAUUAGAAUUCUGCAGAGGCUGUAUAUAUAUAUGUGUCUGUGCGUAUAUAUAUAUAUAUAUGAUGUAGUUGAGUAGAUAGUGUGGCAAAAGUAUGUCUGUAAAUCCAGGAGUCGUUUCCAGGGUUAGUUUUAAUUGAGCAGCCCUCUUCUAAUAUUCAGAGUGGAAAGGUGUUGCUGCAUCUGGUAUUAGGAUAAGAAAAUUUGGAAGGAUUCCCGCUAGUAAUUAUUUUGGACACAUGUAUCUUCUAAGGUGGUAUUCAGGUGGGUCCUGAGAAGGAACUGGUUUUUUCUGUGUGAGGGAUGAACCCUAGAGUGCUCCUUCUCUUGUGCAGCGCAAAUAGGAAAGCUGCACUCAGUUUGAGUUGAUGCGACAGGAGAAAAAUUACAGUAUUUUUAAAAUCUAAAGCAGAUUCUGUUUCGUAGAGAAUUAGUAAGAAAAAAAAAAUUGGUAGAUACCUUUGCUGGAAUCUAAAAAUUAACUCACAUUAAAGGAGAAGGAAAGGCUCCAGUCAUCUCACAUUUUCCUUCAUAGCCUUCUUGAAAGUAACUUUUUGAUAUGCUCAAUCCUUUUAAACUAGUUUUUUUUUUUUCUUGGUUCAUGACAGUUGAAUUCUAGAUUUUCUUUUGUACCUUCCGAGUAGAACAAUUGCUUUUGAUAUGAAUUUUUGCCUUCAUAUAUAUUUGUAAGUUGAGACCAAAUGGGCAAAGUCUUGGGCAGGUAACAUUUGUGAUGUGUCUUUACUGGAACAAAUGUAAAAGGGUCACAAAGUCUAGAAAGAGUCAUAAAACACUGCUUGAUUUAUAAAUGCAUUAGUUAUGGUGCUCCAUAUAAUGGGAUAUAUUGAACUAAAAAAUUUGUGUAGAUAGUAUGUCAGCAUUUCUUAGUAACCUCUCUUGAAUCCAUUUUUAGUAUCUAAUCCGUACAGGUUGGGGAGUUAUACUCUUCAGGCCAAUACUAUCCAGACUGUAUAAAUUUAUAAAAUAAAUUGAAAAAUUCAUCAUUCUCCUAUAUUCAAGACCAACGCACAUAAAUGCUAAUGUAGGGCUCAGAGGGGAAAUAUAUUUCUCCUGAAUAUUUGAGAAAAUGUGAAGUCCUUUCAAGAAAAUCUAAUAAACAUAAUAAUCAUAGCCUGCUGACACUAAGGAAAAAGGGCCUCAUUCGCUCUUUCUUUUAUGCAGCGAUUUACUGGUCCCUACUGAUUUCCAAAUUGGAUCACUGUAGUAAAUUAUCUAUGCUGGUACCUGUGAAAGUAAGCCCUGGGAUCCAUAUUUGUUUUGUGUUCUGCUUAAAUCAGCAAGAAUGAUAAAUUUGAUGGUAUGAAAUUGGAAGUGUCAGGGCUUUCUUUGGUGAUUGAACAAAAUGAUGUCUCCACUUUAAUUUAUUGUGACCCUUUUUCACUCUAUGUGCUUUGUAUAUCUAAUUUAUUUCAAUACAAAUUAAAUUCUUGUUCCUUCAUCUGUAUUGUUAUAUAUCUAAGAUUUUAUUGAUGUAAAAAUCAAAUUGUGUAAUAAAAAUCUCUCUGGAUUUAAGCAGA